AUGGAGAGCAGGUACCGCAGGGCCGCAGGAGCGGAGACUCCGCACGCGAAAAGUAGGCGCUUCCUUGCGGCGGCGCCCAACCUAGAACAUCAGCCGGAGGACAGGCUGCGCGUUGGGCAAAAAGCAACAGCAGCAGCAACAGCAGCAGCGGCAGCUACGGGAGGAGUGCAAGCCGCCGGGCUGAGGAUUCCUGCUGCGAUGAGCGAGUACAUGGUGCCCGAUCCCUUCCUGGACGCGCGGGCUGCUGGCGGUCCGCCGAAGGACCUUCGAAAGAUAAAGACAACCACCAACGUACAUGCGCAACACGACAACAACGGCAACGGCGACAGCACCGCUGCUGCCGCCGCCGAAGCCGCCCCCAUGGCCGGCGGUCGUGGUCGGGGGGAGCUGCCAUAUGGACGGGAGAUUGCGGCGGUGGAGCGCGACGGCACCUGGGACACUCCGCUGAAGCGGCGCCUCGCUGGUAGCGUCGCCGCCGGCGCCGUUCCCGGCCGCUCGCCGGGCAGCAGCAAGCGGGGCGGGACGGCGGCGUUGGGAUACGAAGCAGAGGAGGAGGAGGAGGAAGAGGGGGCGUUCGCCUCGAACAACCCGAUGUUCGACAACAAGCGGCGGAAGAAAGCUCAGCGGGCCCCAGACGCGGGGGGCGUCGCCGCCGUAGGAGGAGCACGGGAGGAGGACGACGAGGCAUCGGAAGAGGCGUUUUCCCCGUACCGGUCUCGAAACUCGCCCUCCUUCGGAAGGGGCGGCGGGACCCGCCGGUCAGGGUCCCGCGAAGAAGAAGAGGAGGAGGAGGCGUACGCCUCGUACAACAACGCCGUCUACGGGAAGGGCCGACGCACGCCAAAGGCGACCCUGAGCCGCGGCAGUAGCGGGAUCUGGUCGGGGGAGGAGGAGGAGGACGGGGACGAGUUCCUCCCGAGGAGCAGCACGCCGACGCUCGCUUGGGGCCCGCCUCAACCGGCGGCCAAGCGCAGCGGGCGGGGAGACUGGGAAGAAUCGGAGGACGACGACGACAACAACGAUGCCGUGGAGGGGUUCUUCUCGUACAACCCGAUGUACAACGAGCGGCGCCCUAGACGGGCAGCGGCGUUGUCGUCGGCACCGGCGAUGCGGGCCGCCGCUACCGGUAACGAUGACGACGACGACGACGAGGGCGGCGGCGGCGGGUUCGAGCCCGACGACAUGUCGCUGGUUUCCAUCUCGGUGCCGUCGCUGGCCGCUACCCUCGGCGCAGCGCCCUCCGAGGCCACUACAGGGCAGGCUGUUUCGAUGUCACCCGCGGCGGCGGCGGCGGCGGCGGCGGCGAACAGAAGGGACGCAAGAUGGGACGCCGGGACCAGUUGCGCCGCCCCCAAGCGCGAGCAUGCCUCGGAAAUGUUCGGGAGGUUCCGGAGCGCGGCGAGAAGCGGGGCCGGUGCCGGUGCACGCCCGCUCGGUCGCCGUAGCAGCGCGGUGUCUGACGCGUCCCCGCGGGCAUCGGCGGCGGUGGACGGUGAUGAUGUAGCAAAGCCCGGGCUCGUGGGCAGCACCAGCGGCGGUGGCGGCGGCAGCAAGCCCCCGUUUGUUCGCCUGCCGUCGUACGUAGACAUCUUCGGCAGCGGCAGCAGCGAGGGCGACAGCAGCAGCAGCAGCAGCGUGGCGUCCUCGAGUCCAAAGCCCGUCGAGGAGGAGGGCGGAGGCUUGGCGAGGGGAAGACAAGAAGAAGACCCAGCCCGGAAGGUCUGGAGGGGCAGGGGCAACGUGAGCAGGCCCCCUCGGGUCGCCCCACUGAGUCCCCACACCGGUUCACCGCAGACGUCGUCGGCUACGGCUUCUCCCGAGGCGGCGACGACGGCCAGGGCUAGGGUAGAGGUAGAGGGGGACCUGGAGGAAGGCGGCGCGCGGGCCACGCGUGCGACGGCGGCGGCGGCGGCGGCGGCGGCGGCGGCGGCGGCGGCGGAGGUAGCGGGGGGGGACAGCGGUGCGGUAGCGGUUGUCGGCAGCGACGCCGAUGCCCAGUCUUUGGUGCUACCCUGCCCGCCCUCCGACGAGGAAAAGAUUAUCUACCACCACAGCGGACGCUUGGGCCUCAUCACGUGCGCCAUGAUCUCUUUCGCCGCUCUGACGUGGGGAAUGUGGCUCUUCACCAUGGUCACCCCCGCCUUCUAUUGGUUUGGGGCCCCUGCCAUCUUUCUCAUCUUUUACACGGCCUGCCACUACCUUGGCAUUGCCAUCUGGGGUAGGGACUUCAAGCCCGAGGUCCACACGGAGGUCUUGAGGGCGUCGCAGGAGAAGGGCUACCGGCCCUCGGUGGACGUGUUCCUGCCCGUGUGCAAGGAGCCGCUGUACCUGCUCGCCAACACGUGGCAGCACGUGGCCGCGCUGGACUACCCCGACUUCAAGGUGUUCGUAUUGGACGACGGCGCCAGCGACGAGGUGGCGGCUCUCGCCUCCAAGUUCGGGUUCGAAUACGUUGUGAGGGAGGAUGCACCGGCGCUCAAGAAGGCGGGGAACCUGCGCAACGCUUUCGCGCGGACUUCGGGGGAAGCGAUCGCCAUUUUCGACGCCGACUUUUGCCCCAGGCCAGACUUCUUGAAGGAGACCGUGCCCUACUUCGGGGAGGACCCCACCAUUGGCAUCGUUCAGACGCCGCAGUACUUCCGACACCGCAAGGAGCAGACGUGGAUCGAGCAGGGGGCGGGGGUCUCGCAGGAGUUCUUCUACCGCAUGGUGCAGGUGAACCAGGACAGGUUCAACGCGGCCGUGUGCGUGGGGUCCUGCGGACUGUACCGCAGAACGGCUCUGGAACCACUAGGGGGUAUGGCGGCCAUCGAGCACUCGGAGGACAUGUACACUGGCUACAAGAUGACGGAGAACGGGUUCAAGAUCAAGUACGUGCCGCUGGCGCUGGCGAUGGGGAUCUGCCCCGAUGAGCCGCAGAGCUUCUUCAUGCAGCAGUACCGUUGGUGCAAGGGAAGCACGACGCUCGUCAAGGAGAAAGGGUUCUGGACCUCCGGCAUUUCCAAGCGCCAGAAGCUGUGCUUCCUGAACGGCCUGCUGUACUACUUCGCCACGUCUCUGCUUCUCUUCAUGGCCCCUCUGCCUAUCAUGCUCCUGGUGUGGGUCGAGGCUGACGGCGUGCUCUGGUACCACUCCGGCUUCGCGCUGCCGUCGCUAAUCUUCGCCGCGAUCGUCCUGCCGCUGUGGUCCAAGCAGCGCUAUGGGAUGGCUUGCCACCGUGUGAAGAUCAUUCAAUACUACGCACACCUGUACGCCGUCAAGGACUCCCUUCUGGGUUUGUCGGCACCCUGGGUACCUUCUGGAGGCUCCAGGCUUACUUCCACGAGGUACAAGUCUUCGGUGCGACUGAUGGUCGUCUGGAGCUUCGUCUCUUCGGCGCUCAUCUUUGGGGGCUGCGUGUGGCGGAUGACGAUGCUCACCUGGUACCACUUUGUUCCCGCGAUGGUGUUCGCCGUGGGCACCUUCGCCCUCAACAUGAGCACCUUGGUUUACUGAGGGAGGAGCUCAACAUGAGCAACUUGCCGUCCUCUGAGUGAGGAUCAUUCCGCCUUGUUUGCUACCCCCCCUCCCCACCCCCCCCCCCCUUCACUAGUUUUGUUGUCGUGGCGGAUCAUCCGUCUCGGCAUCACAUGUUUGGAGUGAAGAGAAUGCUUGUCGUGCACACGACUACCGGGCAUCGUAACAGCGCCCUUGGCAUUCGAGUCGUUUUUUUCUGACCGGUGCCUAGACAUGACGUGCGCACGAGUACAUAUUUUCGGCCCUUGCGAAACUGUUGUGAACUCGGCCUUUUCCCGGAAGUCCGGGUGAAAGCACUGCUCCUGUAUCGUGGGCACGUCCUGUUUUAUUCGGGGACGACGCAUGCUGAAUUAUUUCCUUGCUUGUACAAGUAAUGGAUGCGAUCGUGAUACGGGGCGGUGCACGGGGCGUAUAGCCACGUCAAAGUCUCUCCGGCGAGAGAGGGCAGGUCGCAUUGUAGGAGAAAAGGGGACUCCUGCCCCCCUUUCGUGAAGAGGUGCGUCUGCCGUGCUGAUGGUUUGGCAUGCCCAAGAGCACCACUGCUGGGCCGAUUUUCUAGCGAAUAUUUUUUUGCUAGAAAUGCGAUUUUAUCACCCCUAGCAUGUUUUUUUUUUGGCUAGGGAUCGACCAAUGCUCGCUCGUUUUCGAAUGAUGCUCGCUCGUUUUCGAAUGAUGGAGACGGAAGGGGGUAGAGAUAAGGCUGGAUACUUGUCGGAGGGGGGUUGCCGGUUAUCCCCCAGGCGAGCAAAGUGCGCCUCUUCAGAACCUGCUGGCAACGACAGAGCACCGGCGGCGGUGCCCUGCCACAGGGUGUUUUUCAAGUACCUUGCCAAGGGUGUCUUGCAAGAAAGUACUGUACGAUUAUAUUAGACCUAGGCUUGGUGGCUGUGGGGGUCUUGUUCCCCCGAUGUUUUUCUUAGAAAAUUGUAGUUUAAAGUUGGUGACUUGGGGUUAUUAGAGAAUUGUAGAUUAAGUUGGUGGCUUGGUAUUUGUAUCAUAUUUUAUCAGUACUGAGUUAGAGACAGCAUUAUCGUGGUUUUGUACUAAAGGGGUGUGUGUGUGAACCACGUGUGGGAGGGGAGGGGUGCCAUUUUUUGUACGCGACUGAAGGACGUCGUCCGCAGUGGUGAGGCCCCUGUGAAGAAACUCGAAAGGGACGACAGGUAGAGUUUUGUUAGGUGCAAGCGCACAGCAAUGACCGGCAAGUGCCCAUGGUCUUUUUGUCCAAAAGCGCCGUUCGCUGCUGAUGUCACGUCCCUGAUGGUUCCGUUGUUUUGCGUGAUUUUGUUGUUGUUUUGGGUUGUGGUAGUGCUAUGAGUUGAUGUGAUUGCGAAUCCUUGAGACGACAACCAACCUCUCUUUCGCCCUGUAUCGCCCUGUAUCGGCCAAAAGGCUUGUUUAUUUGUGAUGUUUGUACUUUAAUUGCGGCCUUCCUUCUGUGGUUACAUGUUUUGGUCUCCCCUUUUGUGCGGGUACAUCUUUUGGUGGUGCGUUUUCCCUGUCUGUAAGCAGAUGAUGACUGCAUGUUUGGUGCUGCUUCGCCUUUUUUUAUCGAACGGCUGGGGUUGUGAGGACGACCCAAUCAAUUUUUUACGUU